AUGAAUCUGCCGACGAAAUUGCACUUCAUGAUAUAUUGCAUGGCCCUACUGGGUGUCCUAGGUCAAGAUCCUAGUGUAUCUGACUUAGGAAGCAAGUUCACGUUGGUUCCGUUUGGAAAAGCAGACCAGCAGCUCAUUGCCUUCCUCGAGACUUCUCCAAAGGGACAGUUUUGGGUAGUGCUCAUACAUGGAGGAGCUUGGCAGAGCGGAAGCGGCCAAGAUUUUGUGCCGGCCAUUAGAAAUAUGCUUGGGUCUUCAGAUUUCAGCGAUCUUCGCGGGUUCGUCACCAUAAACUACAGGUUGUCGGGGGGGCAGCCGCCGGCGCAGCACCCAGACCACGUCAUGGACGCCAUUUCCGGGCUCAACUUCUUCGACAAGAACAUCCGGAACGGUACCAAAUAUAUCCUGCUUGGGCAGUCGGCUGGCGGGACAAUGAUCUUUCAAAUGUCCAUGGGCGAGGCGGCCCUCAAGGCCCCGCCAGCCACGGGGCGUCAGUCGGCGGAGUCCCAGGCCCAGAGCUGCUCGGACGACCCGCCGCCAACGGCACAGGCGGUCAAUGCCUCCCAGGACAUGCCCAAGCCCGAAGCAAUGAUUAGCCUCGCGGGGAUACAUGAUCUCAACGGGCUGGUCGAGGAAGCCAACGACAGAUUCUAUGACAAUUUUACCGAACAAGCUUUUGGCAAGGAUAGAGGCUUCUGGGACCAGGUAUCUCCUGCCAAAUUCGACGGAAAGUACAAGGACGCGUGGCCUGGCAAGAGUGUCGUGAUGCUGGCACGUUCCGACCAGGAUGAGCUCGUUUUUGAGUCGCAGCUCACGGUUAUGCAGAAAAGGCUUUCUACAGAGGGCAUUACUCCAAUUGUGGUUGGGAAUCUCAAAGGUGACCAUUUCAAAUUCGAAACUCAGGUCCCCCCUCUCAUUCAGCAAGCACUCAGCGCGUUAAGAGCUCAGAAACAAUAA